AUGGUGGAAGAUUUUGCUCUGCGACUUGCAUGCAGGGUUCAAAAUGAAACUGUAAACUGCGCUGUACCUUCUGUUGGUAACGGCACUGCUGAUGACACCAUGAUCCGGUGGGGAAGCAAUGUUUCCUUUUCAUGCAAUGAGGGCUUUUUGCUAAAGGGUGAUGCCACAUCAACUUGCACAGUUCAUGGGAAUCUCACUUCAUUACCGCACUGUGAAGCUGUAAACUGCGCUGUACCUUCUGUUGGUAACGGCACUGCUGAUAACACCAUGAUCCGGUGGGGAAGCAAUGUUUCCUUUUCAUGCAAUGAGGGCUUUUUGCUAAAGGGUGAUGCCACAUCAACUUGCACAGUUCAUGGGAAUCUCACUUCAUUACCGCACUGUGAAGCUGUAAACUGCGCUGUACCUUCUGUUGGUAACGGCACUGCUGAUAACACCAUGAUCCGGUGGGGAAGCAAUGUUUCCUUUUCAUGCAAUGAGGGCUUUUUGCUAAAGGGUGAUGCCACAUCAACUUGCACAGUUCAUGGGAAUCUCACUUCAUUACCGCACUGUGAAGACACAGACUGCUACAUGAAGUAUCCCUGCCCGACCAAUACGGAAGUAGUACGGAACUAA